UCACAAAAUCAUUGUCCUUUUUGUUAUUAUUUUACAUUGUUUAUUUUUGGCAAGUUAUUUAGUGUUAUUAAUACUUGCAUAAGAGAAAAAUGGAAAUGGAUGAAGACGAACCAUUCGGGGGAGCCAUAAAGAUAGGCUCGGAGACUACCGAGGCGGAGAAGGAGUUUGAAAAAGUCCUAGAAGAAAUGCGCGAAGUCGAAACCCUGAAACUGUACUCCGAUGUUUACACCAAGCUAUACGAUUCGUACUACAAGAUGAAAGAAGAAAACGUGGCGCACAUACACGAAAUUGACACUCUCAACAACAAAUUAAAGCGCUUCGAUGACACUGUAUCCGACUACAUGGCGGAGAUCACAGACUGUCAUAAAACGAUCGAGAAACUUAGAGCCGAUAUUGACGAAGCAAGAGCCUUAGCUGACGCGAUGCAUGCAAGAGAGCUGAUCAGCGUCGAGAGCUUGGAGACCAUGAAAAGAACCGUCAGCAGGCUCGAAAAGGAGUUGGAUGCAAGAAAACGCGCUGGUGAUGAGGACGCUGGCGCCACGUCAGCUGUAAAAGAAAAAGAGAAGUUUGAAAAGGAAAAAGCUCGCCUCCAAGGCGAACUGGACGGCGUGAAGCAGCGGCUGUCAAACGCUCUGAACUAUGUCGAAGAGUUGGAGAACAGAAACACUGCCGCUGAUGAAAAUAUUGUCAAACUAGAGGAACAACUUGAAGAAGCAGACAACAAUACGGUACGUCAAAAUCGGCUUGUUGAUCAUCUGAAAGGUGAAAGUGCUACUCUUAAAAAUGAAGUCGAGAAUAGAGGAACUACUAUUGCCAAUCUCACAGACAAGCUAACAAAAGCAGAAAAGACAAUUGAACGUCGCGAUAAGCAGCUUCGAGACAUAGGACAGAAGUUGGAAACAGCACAGCAGGAGCAAGAGACCGCCUCGGCAAAAGCAGCCCAAUACAAAGAACAACUGGAGACGACCAAUAUCGAGUUUGACAAGACCAAACAAAACCUUCAUAACACCGCUAAGGAGUUAAAGAAUAUGAUCGACGAUGGGAACAGACUUCGGAACGAGGUGUCCAAGCUGACCAAACAAGCAACGCAGCAGACGAAGAAAUAUCAACUUUUGGAAGGAAAUAAAGCAAAUGUCGAGUCGGAGAGGGAACGAUUACGUCAGCAAGUCAGCGUUAUGGAACGGGAGAUAAUGCUCGGCAAGAAACAAGCGGAGUCGGACAAGAGAGAUAUAGAGAACCUUAAUAGAGAAAAAGAUAUUUUAAACAAGAAUAUGCAAAAGAUACAAAACGAGGCGUUGGAAAACCUUCAAAUGCUUCACCUGCAGGAGCAGCGUCGGAAACAGUUGGAGCACGAGCUCGAAAUGAACGCUGCGCAGAUCAACAAACAGAGGUUGCUCAUACGGCAGCUCGAGAAGGACAAGGACAGAAUGCUCGAAGAAACGAUUGCACUAAACGAAAAAGUCGAUGAAAUAUCUGAGGAAGUGCGCCUGCGCACCGCCGACAUCUUGGAUUUGAAGAAAGCAAUACGCGAGGAGACGGUCAAGACUAGGAAACUGUCGGUGGCGCUGGACGCCACGCGAGCGGAAAGGAAUAUGCUGCAUAAAAACUACACAGAGGCGCUGGACGAGAUACAGGAUCUUAAACAAAAACUAAAGAUGUUAGCAUAUCAGAUUGAGCAACUGAAAGAGGAUAUCAGCGGUAAAGAAACUGGUCUGAAAUCGUGCGAGGGCACGCUCGCCAAAUGUAACAAGAAGAAUGAGCAGCUAAGAGCAGAGGUACAGGCGGGUGUUGUGAAAUUAUCUGAAGCAAGAGCAGACAUCACUGCCCUCAGGCAGGAGGAGGCCAGGUUGAACAGGAUCGUACAGGAAGGAGACACGGCCCGAGCGAAGUUAAUGAAAGAGCUAGAAGGCCUGAUGAAUGAGCGCGACGUGGUGGGGGCACAGCUCGUGAGGCGGAACGACGAGAUCUCGCUCCUAUACGAAAAGAUACGCAUACUGGAGGUCACGCUGCAUAGAGGAGAGCGUCAGUACGAGCAGCGCAUAGAAGAUAUCCGUUUACUACGACUUGAGAUAAUAAGACUGCGCAAAGAGAAGAAUCUGCUCUCCAAAGGGAUAGAGAAUAUGACUGAUUUACGACUCGAGGUAUUCAAUCUGGAGCGAGAACUUGGCCGCGAGAGGUUGCGGGUGAGAGCGUUGGAAGAAGCGCUAGAAACUCCGUUGAACGUGCAUCGCUGGAGGAAACUCCAGGGGACGGACCCUGAGAGCGUGCAGCUUACCCAAAAACUGAGACUAACGCAAAAGAAAGUCCUGGCCCAGAGUGAGAUGUUGGUGAUGAAAGAUCGCGAGCUAAAGGAAACGCGCAAUCUGUACACUGCUGUAAAAGAUAUGCUGGCCCUGCAGCCCAGUCCAGACAUACAGCAAACGUUAACUCGCACGCAACGAGCACUAGCACAGAGAACUACUAAGAUGAAAUGUUUAAUAGCAGAACUAAGUAUGCGAGAGAAGCAAGUGGCGGACUUUAGACUGGAACUAGAUCGAGUGAACAAUGAACUGAAUUCGUUCAAACAGCGAUACUACGAGAUGAAGAGAGCUCUAGAUGCGGACGAAGCGCGGCGUCUUCGAGUGCCGUCGCCGCCGUCACAGGCCACUCAGCCAUAAGUGGUCAAUUACCUAUAAUCUCACAUGCAGUGUGCAUAUUAGGGUUAUAAGGAAAUAACUGCAAUCGAUCCUCUAAUGCGGAAGUAGUGUGAAACCUACAGAUUGCGUUAUUUAGUCGAGUGGUAAUUUAGUAGCUCCCGUGUUUCUGGAAUGUCAAAUUUUAUCAAGUAAAAUUUUGUGGAUUGCAGUGUUUUCCGUAGAUCAUAAAUAGAGCAUUGUAAUCUAUUAUGAAGUGUACCAAAUUCAGGCUUUUGAUUGAAAUUUUGUGCAGACGAUGAAACAAAUUCAUACCUAAUUGGGUCGCAUUGGGUUGUAACGCAUCGCAUAUAAUUUUAAUGAGGUGUCCUACCAACCUAAAUUCUUUCGUGAUAUAACAGUAAAUGUUGUUAGUUUUCAAAAUAGACUCUUAGAUUAUACGCAAGAACAUGUUCUUACAAAUAAUCUAUCCUGGAUAGGAGACUGAUUCCGCAAGUAAAAUACUGCGCCUAUCUAAAACUUAAUAUUUUUCUGAUUUAUCUACAAUAUUUAAGCGGUUUCCACCUCAUUCAAGCAGAGUGAAAGAGAUAACUCUGAAAUUGCUUUCUCUAAACAUAUCUGUAAAUUUAACAUUUUUAAAGAGAUGAUUUUAGAAAAAUACUGUUCAGAUGACAUCGCUUAUACAAUGUAUAAAAUUCAGUAUCGAGCUCAGUAUUUUAAUCACCUUAGAUGAAACCACUAAGCUGUUUUCAAUUCCAAUAUUUGAUAAAUCCAUUUUUUCGUAUUGUUCAAUGUCUUGAUUAACAGUUUCGUUCCACAGCUAUUGAAAACAGGUAAAUAUCAUACGAUAAUCAUAGUUAGACUUCCGUGAGAAGAACUUGAGUUUCAGCCACAUUUGUUUUAGCUUACAAUUCGCGAGUACUAAUGAUAUUUACCUUAAAAUAAUAUCCUGUAGGUACAGCAUGUACUGUAUGGCAAGCUACCGACGUCAUCGUUAAUAUUUUUUUAAUUUUACCACCUGGCUAAAGUCAAUUAUUCACAAAGUUCUUUACUCUUUGUAAUGUGGAUUAUCUAAUUGGUACUUCUAGGUGCCUUACAAUCCUACCAACCGUCAUCAUAAAAUUUGUUAUACACGUAGUAGGUGGCAUAGACUACUUUGUAUUCCAGCCAUAGAUAUUCCCAUCGUAAUUUUUUGUCUAGUUUUGCCAAAAAUGUCGUCGGAUCACAUAGAUUUUUUUUAACGUAAUUUUGAUAUGUCCUAAACUCGAUUGCUUUAUAUCUUACAAAUAUUAUUUACGUACAAACCUGGUUAUUCCAAAUCAAUACUUUUCUGAAUGUAAAUCUACCUAGUAAAUGUCAAUAAAAGCUAAUUUUCAAUUAUUUAUGACUAUGCAAUUUACUGUUACAAUACGAUAAGUAUUCUAUUAAAGCCUCAAUGUGGAUACGGGUUCAACAAACUCAGCUUCUUUCCAAAUUCUUUUUGAAGGAAGCAGAAUUUGACACAAUUUUUUAAAAAUAUACACAGGCCUGUGUUUUAAUGAACUUUUUGUAGCGAUAUUGUAUAACUUUUAACGCCACGCUCUUUACGCGUUAGGCAAAAGCAACUCUUAAUGUGAUAUGAUUUUUUUUGGACCUGGGGGUCUACGAUAAAAUGAAGCUUAAUAUUUCGUUCAUCAUAAAUCCUACUAUAACAGUCGAAAGGAACGAUUUUUAUCAUUUUUUAUUAUUUUAAACGGUAUGUAUUAUGUAAUCUUAACAUUAAAAUUGUUUCCGAAAUUACUAAAAAUUUUUCUUGGUAGGCCCCCUCUGGUCCUCGGAAAUGACUUAUCAAAUUGUUUUAACAGAAAUUAGGCGACCAAAUUAACUUGUAAUUUAUUGACACACUAGACUGAUAGUUUUGUUUUUAUAUUAUAUAUACUUUAUACUUGUAUAGAUUAUGCUUCCAACAUUUUUUAGAUAAUUUAUUAGUAUUCUGUUGUGCCAAUAAGACCCUCGAAUUACAUGAAUUAUUACGUAUUUUAUUAACAUGGAAUAC